CACAACCAUCUGACAGCAGCCCAAGACAGCAGGCUCGUCGAGCGGACUCCCGAGACAGCGCCAAGAUUGCAAGCGACAUCCCGGGCACAUCACCAGCACCCCCCUCCUUUCCCCACAUCCACCGUCCAGCACCGCGGCCCAGUUUUCGUAUCCGCUUCCAAUCCAACCCUUUCCGAUCGAAUCCAAUCCAAUCCAAUCCACUUCCAUCAUGUCCAUGAUCGCUCGGCAACUCCCGAGGGCACACCAUGCCCUGGUCCCAUUUGGCCGUAUCUUUGGCAAGAGGGCGCUCUCGACCUCGCUGAUUGUGCAUCAGCAAAACUUCAACAGCCUGUUUUCCCGGAUCAUCAACCCCAUCGGCUUUGCGCAGUAUCAGAUGCACAAACUGGAUCUGGCCAAGGCUGGCUUCGACACCUGCACCCAGAAGCUCUCGAGCGAGCGCGAGCUGUUCCUCACGGAGCUUGGGCUGCCGCAGACCUUCUACACCUGGUUCAGUUUGACCGUCCUUCACAUCUGGAUCUACAGCGCCCGCCUGAGAGCUGAGGGUGCCGAGGGAAAGGAGUAUCAACAAGAGCUGUUCAACCUGUUGUGGCUGGAUGUUGAGCUCAAGCUGAAUGAGGCUGGGAUCAAGAAGCGAGUCGGCAAGAACAUCGAGGAGCUCAUGGCGGCCUACUACGGCCAGAUCCUGGCUUACGAUGAAGGCCUGUAUGAAGGCGAUGCCAUCUUUUCAGCGGCACUGUGGAGAAACGUGUAUGCAUCUCAAAAGGUCAAGCCGUCGCAGCUCGUUGGGCUACUGUCCUAUGUCCGCAAGCAGCUGUGCCACAUCGACAACGUCUCGACCGAGGAUCUGCUGGCUGGCAAGGGGCUCUUGCUAAAGGAUCAGUAGAGGUCGAAGUGAGUGCAGCUGGAUGGCCUAGUAUUCUGCUGGCUGGCGGCAUUGCACUUCUCGCAAGACUGCCCACACGCCCGUGGCUCUGUUGGAAUGGCAGGAAUACACUUUAUUCAGAAACAAA